GGCUGUGGUGCUGGGUCAUACCAGUCUCCUCGGGAGAGCCGGAAGCAAGCAUGGAUCGAGAGGCCAUGGGCAGUGUUGUCCUGCUGACCAUUGUUACCCUCAUCAGCGUGGUCCAGAAUGCAUUCUUUGCCCACAAGGUGGAGCACGAAAGCAAGACCCAGAAUGGGCGGAGCUUCCAAAGGACUGGUACACUUGCCUUCGAGCGGGUCUACACUGCCAACCAGAACUGUGUAGACGCAUACCCUACAUUCCUUGCGGUGCUUUGGACUGCGGGGCUUCUUUGCAGCCAAGUUCCUGCUGCCUUCGCUGGACUGAUGUACUUGUUUGUGAGGCAAAAGUAUUUCGUGGGCUAUCUGGGAGAGAGAACUCAGAGCACCCCUGGCUACAUAUUUGGGAAGCGCAUCAUCCUGUUCCUGUUCCUUAUGUCCCUUGCUGGUAUAUUCAACUAUUACCUCAUCUUCUUUUUUGGAAGUGACUUUGAAAACUACAUAAAGACCAUAACCACCACUAUCUCCCCUCUACUUCUCAUUCCCUAACUCUCUGCUGAAUUCAGGGCUGGUACUCUCAGCUAAUCAAUAUCUAGAAGUCAUCAUAACUCAGCCCUUUACAGGAUUUAGCUCCUCUUUAGAUAGCUGUAAAUCUGAUGACCAUCUGGGCUUCACAGCUUGAGUUAGCCUUGCUUUUCUGGGAAGGAAAGAAAAUUUCAUAUCUGCUCUGCUCCGCAAACAUGGCAGUGACCCCAGAUUUGUUACUCAGAUCCAUUCUGUAUAUUUCAUGAUUCACCAUUCUGUCUGAAGAUAUUUUGUGACCAGAUAUACGUUUUCUUAAAAU